AUGCCUCGCCAGGGAGAAGGUCAUAUUGCCGAUAACGCCGUUGAGAACGGCCAAAACAUCAUUCACGGCGCUGGUGAAGUCAAGGACUCACAUGUUGCCCGUGCAGACAAGACUGCGCCCAUGCCUGAGCAUGAGAAGGGUGCCGGUAUCCAGGGCCUGAACGCCAGCGGCGGUCAGAGCCAAGGGCUUGCGAAGGGGGAUAAUGUCGGUCAGGGAGGUCGUUCUUCUUGA